AUCCACUCCUGAAGCAUUUGUACUCCUGCACUGACGGAUGUCUGUGCUGCUAUAACCUCACACCUUUUUAUAAGUAAGUCUCCUUCUCCAAGUCUUUCUUCCAUCCUCCCUGAACGAUGACUGAAGCAAUUCUCCUCAAAGUUAAAAAGGCUGCAUUCCCUCCGCUGUUUGCCUUAAGUUCCCCCAGCCAUUAGACUUCAGUAAGGGCUUUAAGAAUGGUGCCAAUGCUUUCUCUCCUCGAACAAGAAGUGAGAGCCUCCAGUGUUUGUGGGUAACUUCUUCACAGCUGGAAGAAUUCUCUCACAACAGUAAGCGGAAGGACAAAUCUUUUUCAAAACCCAGGAACAAGAAAGCAGCAUUGAAUUGGACUGUGAAUGCUUAAUGUGUUUGCACAGUUAUUACUCUUUCUGUUGGGCUUUUUGGACAGAUGGAGUUGGUCUCUCUUGUACAAACAACCGUUCUGCCAGAAGUUCACCUUAUUUUCAUACAUUAAUGUAUGUGUACGUGUUAGACUAUUACUUUUUUUCACAUUGGUUCAUUUGAUCUUGGUAUGGAAACUAAAAAGAAGGAUUUGUUCAAAAAGAGACACGGCUGCCUAAAUGCUGAGUAGGCUCCCAGAGGUGUCCUGCUCAACAGGACACAAUGAAACAGCUCAACAGAAGCCAAGCCCACAACUGUAAGAUUCUGAAGAAAGAACUCUCACAACAAAGCCAACGAGAAGGAGGCAAAAGCUCGCACCAUCUCUUCGGCAGACAAUAGAAGCAUCGAGGGAAUCAAGAACUAGCCAGCACCUGUCCCCUCCGAGGCCAUUUCCUCCGAUUAACGUUCGAUUUCUUUUAACAAAGCAGCCUCACGUGAGCGCUCCUGGCAGAGAGGAGCAUCCCCGGCCUUGCCCUCAGGUAGGACGUCAAUAACCGAACCCACAAACGAACGUAACGCCGUUCCAAAGAGCCCCUUCUAAAACACUCGCCAGGGCGCGCGCUCCCUCACCGCUGACACGGUGGGAGUCCAUCCGCGCCGCUCCCCGCCCCAACCUCGCCGGCUGUGGAGGCGGGCCGUGCGGCGGGGCGGUGCUGGCCGUUUGCACCUCGACGGGGCGGCGGCCGCUCACACGCCGGCGGGCGGCGUUCGGGAUGUGAGCGGCGGCUCCGGCGCCGAGCUGCAGCAUGUGGCUGGCCCUGCUCCUGGGGCUGCUCCUCUCCCGAGCCGGAGACUUCCUGGCUCUACCACGGAGUGACUGCAUAGUAGCAGAACAGCUGUGCCUCUUAGACUCCAACUGCAAUGCCACCUACAGGACUCUGGAAAACUGUGACCUUGCUAAGACACGCUUCGUCGGGCUGGAUCAUGAUAGCAGGGUCAGAUGUCUGAAUGCAGAGCUGUACCUCGGGAACAGCUCUUUACUGCACUGCAAGUGCCAUCGGCGCAUGAAGAGACAGGAGCAUUGCCUGCGCAUUUUCUGGACUGUUCACUCCAGCAUGACAGACGGUUAUUUCAAUUUGGAAACCUCUCCAUAUGAGAAUCCAGCAAUUGAAGAGCACUGGAAAACAGAUUAUAAUGAACUGGCAGCUGUGGUAUCAGGCUCUCAGUUAGCAGGAGAUGCAACAAACCCAUGCCUGAAAGCAACUCAUGUCUGUAAUUUGAGCAAGAAGUGUGUUCGGCUGCGCACAGACUAUGCCUCGAUCUGCACCAGAGGGGCAGGAAGUGAGGACAUGUGUGACCGUCGCAAAUGCCAUCGAGGGCUAAGGAAUUUCUUCGAGAAAGUCCCUGAGGAUUUCACUAGAAGGAUCCUAUUCUGUCCAUGUCAGGAUGAACUCUGUGGAGAACGGCGCCGGAAAACUAUUGUUCCUGAUUGCUCCUUUCAGUAUAGCACCAAACCCAAUUGCCUUUGGCUUCUGGACUCCUGCUUGGAAGACCAUAUCUGCAAAUCCCGACUCGCUGACUUCCAACAAAACUGCCAACCUGCAGAUAUGUCCCCAGAUGGUUGCUCUCAGCACAACCAUGCUGCAUGCCUGCAGGCUUACAUGGGGAUGAUUGGCACGCCUAUGACACCCAACUACAUCAGUAACUCCAGCGUGGAGGUCUCCCUGUGGUGUACCUGUGAAAGCAGUGGCAACCAGAAGGAGAAGUGUGACCAGAUACUUGGCAUGUUUGAGAACAACAAAUGCCUUGAAAAUGCUAUUUGGUCUCAAAUGCACCAGAAGCUGACAGGUCUGGAAAGACAGAAAGACUUAUAUUAUUCAGCUUCCCUAAAUUUCCAAGGAGACAGCGCCAGCACAUCUCUUGCUUCGGAAAUGUCCCAGGUGGCUGAAGUGAAGACACAGCAAGACACCUCUGAACACAGCAGUUUGCCUAUGGCCUCCUCUGUAUAUUCUGGAGCUGCUGUUUCUUGGCCAUCUCUGUCUCUAUUCCUUCCCCUGUUGCUGAGCCCACUUUAACUUGGCAUAAGUGACUUCUUUCCUUCCCAUAUUAUUAAUCUUAUCCCAUAUCCAGGCACCUCCCACUACUAAUUUACCCUCAACAAACAAAAAGCCUCUGUAAAAGAGGAAGGGAACAGCCUUAGCCUAUAACUGUGGUCACCGAAAACCUCUACCUGAUUUGUGCCCCUCUUUCCUCCAAUCAGUGUGCUCUGAGAUGCAGAUUUGGUGCCCACCAUUGCUUCUGCCACAUUUAGCAUUUUGAGUGACAGUCAGGCUUAUAUUCAACCACAGUAUUUUAAAACAAGUCUGCAUUCUGUUAGAACUUGCGUGGGGUUCUGUUUCUAACUAGAGGGAUGCACAUGACACUGUUUCCUACCACCCUACCUGUUGGAGCUCUUCCAUAGGCUUAGAGUACAACAUACUUAAGUGUCAGGUCCUGCACUUUGGCCACAGUAAUCCCAGGUAACACUACAGGCCUGGGGCUGGAAGACUGCCUGGAAGAAAUGGACCUGGGAGUGUUGAUGGAUGCUUGGCUAAACAUGAGCCAGCAGUAUGCCCAGGCAGUCAAGAAGACCGAUGGCAUCCUGGCUAGUAUAAGAAAUAUACUAGUAUGCUAGUAUAGCAUUGCCAGCAGGGGCAGAGAAGUGAUAUGCCCUGUAUUCAGCUCUGGUGAGGCUGCACCUUAGAUACUGUGUUCAGUUUUUGGCCAUUCACUGCAGGAAAGACAUGGAGGUCUUGGAGUGUGUCCAGAGGAGUACAGCCAAGCUGGUAAAAUGUCUGGAGCACAAGCUUUGUGAGGAGCAGCUGAAGGAACUGAGAUUGUUCAGUCUGGAAAAGAGGAGGCUCAGGGGAAAUCUUAUCGCCCUCUACAACUAUCUGAAAGGAGGUUGUGGUGAGGUGACGGUCAGCCUCUUCUCCUGCGUAAGUAGUGAUGGGACUAGAGGGAAUGGCCUCCAGUUGCACGAGGGGAGGCUCAGGUUAGAUAUUUGGAAAAAUUUCUUCUCCAAAAGCUUGCUCAGCCACUGGAA